AUGCGACUCUUCGUGGUGCCAAUCUCGACGCAACGAGCGUUGAUCUACUCUCGGCCCCUCAGCAGGGAUAUCGCCAAGGAGCUCUCGGUACUCGAUCGCGUCACGAACAAGGCCGCGGAAACUUGGGCUAAAUGGGAGGAAGCUGAUAAAGGGUGGAAAAAACACCUUGUGACUUGGGGCAAUAAGGUCCAGCAGCGCAUCCCUUUUGAAGAAUGGGGCCUGAAAAGCAUUCCUUCUCUCAAGGCCCAGAGGAGACUCGAUAAGUCGUCGGAGACGAAGAAAGUCGACGUUCUGUUCCCCGGAAAUGCGAUCAAGGCAGAGAAACUUCGCUCGAUUCUCCGGAAAAUAGCGACAGAGAGACAGGACUUACAUCGCAAGAAAAUGUGGUGGAGUUUGGUUGCAGCUCCGUUCACAGCUCCAGUUGCGUUGAUUCCAGUCGUUCCUAAUAUCCCUUUCUUCUAUCUUGCGUACCGAGGCUGGUCGCAUUGGCGAGCCUUGAAUGGUUCCAAACAUCUAGAAUACCUAGUUGAGAAAGAUUUGCUCAACCCAGUCUCGUUUCCAGGGCUGGAGCAACUAUACGCAAAACGCGUAGCCCGCGUGCUCGGUGACUCCGAAAAGUCCGCUUCAAGCAUGGUAGAAGAAGUGGAGCGGAGCGAGGACAGGUUAUUACUCAAUAUGGCCGACGCUAAGAAACUGGCUUCCAUCCUUGAUGCGCCUGAACUGGCACUUGAAGCAGAGCGAGCUAUCUUCCAAGUCGGCGAAAGUCUCAAGGCACAACAUCAAGCUGCCAAAAGUGAUCAAGAAUCUGCCACUUCGAAAGAGAAGAAGACGUGA